AUGCUUUCUUCCUCUUUUUCUUAUUUUAACAGUUAUAAAAAUACAAAGCCCUUGCUCAUCUUCAUAUCGUACCUAGCUACACCCUACAUCCAGCUUGGCAAGAUUAUGAAGGAUUUUUAUCUCUGUUUUCCAGAUGAGAAUCUAAGACACAGAGCAGCUGAGUGGCAUGCCCCUAGGCUUUCGUGCCACACUAGGGAAAUCAAAUCUACAAUGCCUCCUGCCAACCCUCCUACAGAGAGCUGGGUCAUGGCCGCCUCCCUCCCUUCUCCAAUUAUGGUGGGCUUUGCAAUCAGCGCGGUGGUUAGCAUGCCCUUUGCAAAAGCUAGGGGUCUCCAGCAAAGGUUAGCCAGUGUUGUGCAGUUCCUCAGGCAUGUUUUGUUUUCUGCACGCAGAGCCCAGUAG